AAUCCAAAUAGCCAAGAUGCCUGAGAAAGCGCCGGAGAAUAAAUCUAAAAUCUCGGCCUCUCGCAAGCUCAUGCUGAAGAGCUUGAUGGUCGCCAAAGCCAAAGAGGAGCUGGAGCAGGAGAUGGAAGAAAAAGAGGAGCAGAAGGCCAAGUACCUGGAAGAAAAAUCUCCUCCUUUACAGGCCAGCAGCAUGUCCUUAGCUGAGCUACAGACGUUAUGUGAAGAGCUGCACACUAAAAUCGACACGGUGGACGAGGAGCGGUAUGAUAUUGAAGCCAAAGUCAUGCACAAUAACAGAGAGAUCAAAGACCUAAACAUUAAGGUGCUGGACCUGAGAGGGAAGUUUAAGAGACCCAGCCUGAGGAGGGUGAGGGUCUCUGCUGAUGCCAUCCUGCGCUCCCUGCUAGGCUCCAAACACAAAGUCUCUCUGGAUCUGAGAGCUAAUCUCAAAUCAGUCAAGAAGGAGGACACGGAGAAGGAGAAGACGGUGGAGGUGAGUGACUGGAGGAAGAACGUGGAGGCCAUGUCGGGGAUGGAGGGCCGCAAGAAAAUGUUUGAUGCAGCGAAGGGACAAAACCAGUGAACAGGUGUUACUAGAGAAACAGCUGGCUUACUGUAUAUAUUACAUCAGAUGUCAUCACUUGUAAACCAAAGAGCGCAGAGUGCAGCACAAAA